UAGUGAAUAUCAAUCGCAACUUGGAAUAAGAAUAAGCUUUCGACGGUCAACGGUCAACGGUCAACGAUUCGCGCUGCCCGAAAUACUACACUAUCACUACCAUGCCUAAAGCUGUCAAAGGUGUGCUUGUCCAGUGCGAUCCGUCGAUUAAAGCCAUCAUCCUUAAAAUCGACGCGCUUGACCACGACUUUAUUGUGGAGGAUCUGGAUGAUCAGACACUUGUGGUGAAGGAGAGUAAGUUGGUGGAAUUGAAGCAGAGAUUGGAAGAUGAACUUUCGAAUACGCAGCAGAUGCCGGAGGAAUCUGGGUCCGAAUAGACGUUGCUAUCUCUCUCAAGGGCUUUCAUUUCGAGGCCCUUGUGCAUGAAAGCUCGUGUUGCUCCUAAUGGGC